GUGGUAAACAACUUUUAUUUGUUUGGAAUGGAUCCAGUAUUGCAAAUCAAGGAAAAGUUAUUCUUUUUCGUAUUUCAGAACUGAAAUUCAUUUGUCGUCUGAUAUCCUUCAGUAGUUUUUCAUUUCGAUCAUAUUAUGGUUGUUGUUUAGAUAAUGUUGUAUAAUCGCCAACAAAUAUUUUAAGCCCCAUCUAAUUCGUCUUGUCGCAGUACGUAAUAUUUUUCGUCCCACCCCUCCAAGGAUUACAUGAUUCAGAUAAUGCAGCAUGAUCUUUAAGUUACUACCAACAAUGUAAAUGUAACUCUCUUUAAAAAAAGUCUUCUAGACUUUUAAAAUUAUGUCUGAUAAAAAAGACGAUAAGUCAAAUAUGGCUAAUCCAGCAGGAUCUGGAUUACUAUCUGACAUUCGAAAGGCUGGGAUUCUUAGAAAACUAAAAACUAUGAAAAAGAAGUAUUUUGUUUUAAGAACUGAAUCUGAUAGUGGACCUGCAAGGUUAGAAUAUUAUGACAGUGAGAAGAAAUAUAAAGCUGGAGGUGUUGCAAAAAGAAGCAUAUCUAUAAAGACUUGUUUUAAUAUAAACCGUAAAAUAGAUGCAAAGCACAAAUUUGCUAUUGCAUUGUACACUAAAGACGAUUGUUUUUCUGUUGUUACGGAUAAUGAAAAUUCUCGAGAAGACUGGUUAAAUGCCAUGUUGGAAUUGCAGCUUGAUGGUCCAUGCAUGAACGGUGGUGCUAAAUUAAAACCAAAGUUUGAACAUGUUUGGCAGGUGACGGUUGGAGAUAAAUCGUUAGCAUCUUCACGCAAUAUGAAGGGGCUCUAUCGACUAUGUUUAACCCCUAGUGCUUUGGCUUUAGUCAAGGUUGAUCAGUCUGAUAAUCCAGAAACACUGGAAUUUCCUUUGAUGAGUAUAAGAAGAUGCGGGCAUACUAACAAUUAUUUUGUUAUUGAACUUGGUCGAUCUUCCGUAACUGGAGCUGGGGAAUUGUGGCUUGAAACUGAAGAUGUUGUCAUAGCUCAAAAUAUGCAUGAAGUCACUCUUAAUGCGAUGAAAUCUUGUCGGGAGCAUGAAGAUCUGGGUCCUCUUUCAAGACCAAGGAGUGCAUCUAACAGUGAAAAUUCCAGACCUAUUGCAACUAGAAGACCAGUUGCUGUAGUUAGUCCACAAACUAUAUCUUAUGGAGGUAUCAGAGAUCGUUGUGAUAGUAUGCCCUCAAGAUCUCGCACUAUUAGUGAAGGACAGCAAGUCAAUAACAGAGGAAUUUAUUCGCAUCAAUUUGUGUAUGAUUCAUUGAGGCCACAUAAUAGUAGUUAUUCCAGAACGGUGUCCUGCUCACCUCCUGGUAACCAUAACCCUCUAAGCCCCAGCUCAAAUGAUAGUGCUGGUAGUUCUCUUUCUAUUGAUGAGUUUGAUGCUGGUCAACAAACAGAUUUUGCUCAUGGACGCUAUAUCCAUUGUCAUCCUACUGAUGGAGCACUUCAUACUGAACCUCCCAUCAAAGAAGAGCAACUGGAUGAUUAUGUGCCUAUGUCUGUAGGAAGUUGUAGUAGUACUACUGAUGGUUAUUUAUCAAUGGCUCCUAUAUCUUCAUCUGUUCCAACUAGUAUGUCUUUACAUUUAAACACUUCUGAUGCCAUUUCAUAUCCAAGUUCCUUGCCUUCGAUAACUCAACCUAAUGACUAUAUGGAGAUGAAGUCCCCUACUGAAGGCUAUAUAAAUAUGAGUCCUCUAAGUAUUGCUGCUACUUCCAAUGAACUUAACACCAGUAAAUUGUCUUCCUCUAUGGACAUUGUGAAUAAUGAUUCCAGUCAAGUCAAUGAUGGAUAUAUUCCUAUGGCUCCGAUUCGUGAUCAUUGUUCUUCAAUUUCUUCAACUUCAACAACUCAUGAUGGUUAUUUAGACAUGGCCCCAUUAUCUUCAUCUUUGCCAAAAACAUUCUCUGUGAUUUCUAAUCAUAGCACUAGUAUGUCAUCUCGUAAGGACAGUAACUCAAAACUUUCAGACACACCAGUGUCAACUCCGAGCAGCACAAAUUUGGAGGAUUUCCCUCUUGAUAAGGUGAAAUCUUUUCUUGCUGACCCAGAUGAUUCAUCUUGUGAUUCAUAUAUUCGUCCAGUUCGUGCAUAUUCAAUGGGAAGCCGUCCUCAGCCUAAAAAGUCUCACCUGCCUGUGCAACUAGAUGGCUCAAGGAUUCGAGCUUACUCAGUAGGAAGUCAAGCAGCUCAGAAGCGAAUUACCAAUCCAGCAGAGCGAGAGUUAAAUAAUUUUAUUACUAUUGAUCCUAGAACUGGUGCUAAAUCAUCUAGUGCGCCUCUUCUAAAUAACAGGCCACCAAGGGUGCGUUCUUCUGCUAGUCGAGGUGAUGUUGGGGAAGAUCUAAUGGAAAUUGAUUACAAUAGAUUAAAAUAUUCUUCAUGUGGUAUUGACUUUUGUGAUUCAAACUUCACUAUUGAACCUGUUGGGCGAAGUCGUAGUGGCAGCUAUUCAUCGUCAACGAAUGCUGCUAUAAAAAUCCUUCAUGACAGAGAUAAAUCUAAGUCACAUUCCAUUGGUCAAAGUUGUUCUGACGACACACAAUUAUCUAGUGACUAUCUACAAAUGUCACCUGUAGGUGACUCCUUGAAAUCUUUAUCACGAUCACCAGCUUCUUCUAUCUGCUCACCGUCUACUCUAUUAUCCAAUACUUCUACUGCUGCUAGGCAAAAUGAACCUAUGCACCCUUCCGGUGAUUAUGUGAGCUUAGAUCCUACUAGUACCUACCAAAAACUUGAAAAUAGUCCUAUGAGUAGUUUAUCGAAAGGGUUUGCCCCUGCUAUACUUAGAAAUUCCCGGUCAAGGAGUCCACAUUCCUCCUUAUCAUCAACACUGAGUCACUUGGAGGAAAAAAGUCAAAAUAAUAGUAAUAAGGAUAUUUAUGAGCAUAAUGCCUACAAUAAUCAACAGUUGUCCACCACAAAGGAUGCAGCUUCAGAUUAUAUGUGCAUGAAUUUUAGUCAAAAUGGUGCUGAAACAAACUCUUCAUUGCAAGCAAAAAAGUUGACCACUGACCAUUCCUCACCUAAAAUAUCUAGAGCUAAUUUUGAAAAGCAAUUGGUGGAACCAAAACCCGUCAAGAAAUGUCCUUUACCUCCCCUGCCUCAGGUAAAUGAAUCCUCCAAGCUUCCUUCUCCAGAUUCAAAAUCACCCUCUCCUCAACUAAGUGGCUCUGUAUCUAGCAAGUUUGAACCUAAAACACCUCCUCCAUCACCUUGUUACGGUGCCAUAUCCCCUCAACUCUCUGGUGCUCCUCUUGUUGAGAAUCUAGUACGUCGCCUUUCUCAACCUUCUUAUCCUGGAGGGACACCAUCUGACACAAACUCUUGCAGUAACUCAGUUUGUGGAGAAGUACGCCUAAAUUAUGCUUCUCUGGAUUUACCGCCUGCUUCAGACGAUGAUGCCAAACUUGUGUGCAACAGGUUGAAAAAAUCACUCGAAGGUGAAACCAAAGAAGCUCCUCUGACUUAUGCACAAAUAGAUUUUUCUCCAGUCAAAAAGCAAAAAGCUUUCCAAGACACUGAGAGUUUGAGCCAUUUGUAAAUUGCUGUUAGUUCCCAUUUUCUUUAAUCCAGUGCCUGGUUAUGAGUGUUAUCUAACAAAAGAUAUGCAGGAUUCUUGCUUUCAGAGGAUUUUCUGAUCAUCAUGUAGCUUUGAUUUUUCAAAAUAAUGAUUAAUAUUUUGAGUAUGAAGUGUAUUUUCUUUAAAUGUUGAUCUAUUCAACAAAACUUCUGGGGGAUCUAGUUAUAAUGAACCCAUUCCUUCUCUGAGUGUAAUGUCAUAACAAUAGUAGAAGUAAAAUUAAAUCUAAUUUGUAGUACCUUUGCUUACUGAAUUCUAUUUUCUUUUGCUUAAAUAUCAUCAUUACAGUAAAUAAAUAUCUGUAUCCGUCUCUUGUUUUUAAAAUUAUAU